UUUGAAUUUUAGCCCGCUGAUCAAGUCGGGGCGUGGCCAAGCACGACGGACUGUAAGCAGCUAGUUGGGGGAACAUACAUGGAAAAGUGGUAAAAAGUAGAAUUGACAGAAACAGGUGAUGGAUAGCAUGCUUAGAGAUUGUACUUUCAUCACUGAUGAAACAUUUGAUUUUGACCCAUGCUCCUCAUCUGACAGCAGUGAUGAGGAAGAGGUCUCCCUAUAUUGUCCUAGUCCUGUAUCUCGCCUUGUUGGGCAUCCUGUUAAUAUGAAUGUAAAAAGUAAAGGAGAGUCAACUCUAUUAUUGCAAUGGAGCCCACUGAGUGCCCAAAACAUGGAGGAAAUUACAAGAGAGGCCAACAGGCUGGCUAUUGCAUUGGAGAAGGAGAACAUGGGAAAAAAUUCCUCACGGUAUCAAUCAAAUAGUAUUUCCUUCCAGCAUAAAAUAGCCACCAUCUACAGCUUGGAGAACCAAACAGAGGUUUCUUUGCGUGGUGAGCAACUGCAACAUUUCUCCACCUCUGUGGCCUUGCUAAAAGACACUCCAGCUCCUAAUCAAAUUUCCUCAUCAGAAAUGAGUAUCACUUCACAUGGGCCUCAAACGCUAUUUCUUUCAAAAAGCGCUACUAGUCUUCGGAGUCCACGCAGAGAGACCUAUGUGAUUAAAGAUAGUCCAAACCGGUCUUUUUUGCCCAAUGUGGACCUUGUCACACCACCCAUUGUUGAGCACCAUGAACUUUCCUAUGAAAACACUCCAGAAAAAGUGAAAAAUGGAAGCGGCGCUGUAAGGGACUGUGUGUCGCAAGGCAGGCCUAAGAGUCAGAAUCCUGGCGGUCUGUCUAAUGUGAGGACCCGUCAACUACACCCGUGCCCUGUUGGCAGAUUUUCAGCAGAUAAAACUUCAACCUCACAUGUGCGUGCCUCGUACCGGCCUUGUGGCACUUCGGCUGCUAAGACUCAUCUGCCGAUUCCUAAAUCCUCAGGGACUCUUGCCUAUGGUAAUACAAAACAGUCAGGCCAGAGAGUGGUUUCAGGGGCUGUGAGACCUUCUGCACAGAGAGGAUCUCUCCUGAGACCACCGUCCCAUUUUUCAGCGCAUACAAAAUUAAUCCUCAAACCGCCACGCUAAGGCAAUUUGUGGGAAACUUUUACCUUCCCUUCAUCAUCUUACCUGUGUGAUAUUAAUUCUUGAAGGCCGCGUUUUUUGACCUGUGUGGAAAUCCAACCAGUAGUCUUUCAAAGACAACUAAGAACCAAAAUACUUGGAAGUCCUUGUUGCCUUUUCCCUCAAGGAAGUUUUCACUACCAUUGUGCUUUACCCAGAUGAGUUAUCGUAUCAGCUUGGCAUCACGGUGGAAUAACUUGAAUUGUAAGAAAUACCACCCAUGUUGGUGAAAUAAGAGCAUGCCAACCAACCAAAAGAAAAAAAAAACUACAUAUUUUAUUUUCAUACAAACAAAAGCAGGUUCAUAUUUACAGCCUGGUGCAAACAAAACUGUACAGAUUGGCAUUAAACCCAUUCUCUGGCUGGACAACGGUGAUCAAGUCACAAUCGUUUGCGGUUGAGUCGUUGGCAUCGGUUUCUUUCAUCUUGGAGGAGAGAAGCACGCAGUGAACAUCAUCUUGCUUAGAUGGACGUCUCAUCGCUCCUAGUAUGAUGAAGGGGGUGGGGAAUGGUGAGGUAAAUGUAGCAGAAACCCAAAAAAAAGCAUUCAUGAUAAUGAGUGUUCAUAAGGGAAAACAAA